CCUCCCAGCCGAGAAGAAUGUUUCUCUAGAAGCGCGGCGUGCCUAAGGCGGUGGGAGCCCCGGCCUGUGGCUCCCCCGAGGCUGGGAGAGAGCCGACGAGUAGGCUAGACGGAGAACCUCUCCAGCCUCCUACCGGCUAGCAAAGGGUUAAGUCGGCAAAGCCGGGAAGCGAGGGAGGAGCCAGCGAGUGCGGGAAGGAGGGGGUAGCGCUUCCUCGCAGUCCCGCUCUCUCGCGGCGAGCGGCUGGGGCGCACGGACAGAAGGACCGACCCACUCCCUGCGGGGCCGCGCUGCUGAAGGGGGCGCGGACACUGCGCGCCAGGGGCCGACCCAGCCCUCCCCACCCGGUCGCACCCCGCUCCGUCCCGUCGGGGCCGAUGGCUCCUCCCAAGACUCACAGCCCCCGGGGCGCAGGAUAGAGAGCCACGACCCGGCCACGUAGCCCGGGGACUCCCGGGUCCUCCCCCGGAGCCCCGCGGAGUCCCCGCCGUCCGUCCGGCGGGCUCAGGGAGCGAGUGGCAGCGCCCUCCCCCCCAGCCGCCCCCUCCCCCGAGCGUCGAGACAAGAUGCUGCCCGGGCUGGGGCGCCUGCUGCAAGGUCCUGCCUCGGCCUGCCUGCUGCUGCUCCUGGCCCUGCCCCGAGUGGCCCCCAGCUGCCCCAUGCUCUGCACCUGCUACUCGUCCCCACCCACCGUGAGCUGCCAGGCUAACAACUUCUCCUCGGUGCCACUGUCCCUGCCACCCAGCACUCAGCGACUCUUCCUUCAGAAUAACCUCAUCCGUUCGCUGCGGCCGGGCACCUUUGGGCCCAACCUGCUCACCCUGUGGCUCUUCUCCAACAACCUCUCCACCAUCUACCCGGGCACCUUCCGCCACCUGCAGGCCCUGGAGGAGCUGGACCUCGGCGACAACAGGCACUUGCGCUCCCUAGAGCCCGACACCUUCCAGGGCCUGGAGCGGCUGCAGUCCCUGCACCUCUACCGCUGCCAGCUCAGCAGCCUGCCAGGCAACAUCUUCCGCGGCCUGGUCAGCCUGCAGUACCUCUACCUCCAGGAGAACAGCCUGCUCCAUCUUCAGGAUGACCUGUUCGCAGACCUGGCCAACCUGAGCCACCUCUUCCUCCACGGGAACCGCCUGCGGCUGCUCACGGAGCACGUGUUCCGCGGCCUGGGCAGCCUGGACCGGCUGCUCCUGCACGGGAACCGGCUGCAGGGCGUGCACCGCGCGGCCUUCCGCGGCCUCAGCCGCCUCACCAUCCUCUACCUGUUCAACAACAGCCUGGCCUCGCUGCCCGGGGAGGCGCUGGCCGACCUGCCCGCGCUCGAGUUCCUGCGGCUCAACGCCAACCCCUGGGCGUGCGACUGCCGCGCGCGGCCGCUCUGGGCCUGGUUCCAGCGCGCGCGCGUGUCCAGCUCCGACGUGACCUGCGCCAGCCCGCCCGAGCGCCAGGGCCGGGACCUGCGCGCGCUGCGCGAGGCCGACUUCCAGGCCUGCCCGCCCGCCACGCCCACGCGCCCCGGCAGCCGCGCGCGCGGCAACAGCUCUUCCAACCACCUGUACGGCGUGGCCGAGGCCGGCGCGCCCCCCGCCGACCCGUCCACGCUCUACCGAGACCUGCCCGCCGAGGAGGACUCGCGGGCGCGCCAGGGAGGGGACGCGCCCACGGAGGACGACUACUGGGGGGGCUACGGCGGCGAGGACCGGCGGGGCGAGCAGACGUGCCCCGGCGCGGCGUGCCAGGCGCCCCCGGACUCGCGCGGCGCCGCGCUCUCGGCCAGGCUGCGCACCCCUGUGCUUUGCCUCUUCCUUCUGGCGCCCCAUCACCUCUGACUGCGGCGCUGAUGCAGAGACAGAAGAGGCCACGGGCCUGCACCCCUUCUCUCCAUUCCCCGUCCCCCCACCCCCCGAGGUGCGGCUCCGGCUCCAUCCUCGCCCCUUUCCGCCGCCCUGGCCUUGCUGCCUCCCUUGGUCUCCCCAAGCUCCUCUGCUCCCCACUGUCAACCCCCGGGGGACCACGCUGCCUCUAUUCGCCUUGCGGGCUGUUCUGAUUUAUGGAUGACAGCCCCAGGAGAGCUCGGGCUCGGGUCCCAUUCGCCCUAUUUCUAGCCAUUAACUCUCCCCCACCCCCAACUAAGGCUGGCACAGGGUACCCCAGGCAGCCGCUGCUCCCCUCUCCAGGACCCACAGUGGACCGGGAGGGGCUUUUGUCUGCCACCUGGGAGCCGUCCCUCCCCAGUCCUCCCAGGAUCUUGGGACAGAUGCCUCAGCGAGGACCAGGCGGUUUCUGGGCCCUGCUCACCCGGUUCCAUCUGCCUCCUGACACUGGAGGAAGAAUACUUUUCUCCUAAGUCUACCCGGGACACUUUUUAGGUCGGCUGGAGAGAGCUUUCCUCUCCACCAUGGCCCCUGUGUGGUGAAGAUCAAAAGAAGUUGUUUGGGAAAAAAAAAAAUUUAUUAAAAAAUUCUAUUAUUUUA